AGGUAGGAAAAUACUACUUAAAACUUGCUGAGGAGCAGGAUGAAGAAGUGAACAGCUGCGCUGCGGUAGACUGGCUUGUCCAAUCUGCCAAGCAAGGUCGAAGGGACGCGGUGAAGCUUCUGCGGAGAUGCUUGGCAGACAGAAGAGGAAUCACAAACGAGAAUGAGAGUGAAGUAAAGAAGCUAUCCUCAGAGAAACCGAUUUAGAGAGGGCUGUGAGAAAAGCAGCACUGGUCAUGUAUUGGAAACUAAACCCAACAAAGAAAAAGCAGCUCUCCAUGUCUGAGCUGCUGGAGAACGUAGGCCAUGUCAAUGCUGAAGAUGGAGAGCUACAGGCAGGCCCGAUUCCUAAGUCUACCCAGAAGGAGCGCCGAGUCCUGGAGCGCUUAGUCAGCAGCGAAUCUAAAAGCCACAUUGCCUUAGACGAUUUUGUGGAGAUUACAAAGAAAUAUGCAAAGGGAAUUGUGCCAUCCAACUUGUUCUUUCAUGACGAUGAAGAUGAUGAGUUUGCUGGGAAAGGCCCUGGGGAGCUGCCACUGCAACAAAAGAUCAUGAAGUAUCCACUCCACGCCAUCACGGAACUUAAAGAAUAUCUUAUAGAAGUGGCAUCAAAGGCUGGGAUGCACUGGCUGUCUACUAUUAUACCAACCCAUCACAUCAAUGCUCUCAUCUUCUUCUUUAUCAUCAGUAAUCUCACCAUAGACUUUUUUGCCUUCUUUAUCCCUCUUGUUGUCUUUUACUUGUCCUUUAUCUCCAUGGUCAUCUGCACCCUUAAGGUCUUCCAGAACAGUAAAGCUUGGGAGAACUUCCGAGCCCUUACAGAUCUGCUUCUCCGCUAUGAGCCAAAUCUGGAUGUUGAGCAAGCCGAAGUGAAUUUUGGCUGGAACCAUUUAGAGCCAUAUUUAUACUUCUUAAUGUCGGUCUUUUUUGUCAUAUUUUCGUUUCCUAUCUCGGAUCGGCACUGGAUUCCCUGUUCAGAGUUGGCCAUCAUCUCGAUCUUCUUCACAAUUACCAGCUAUUUGAGUUUAAACACAAGUGCAGAUCCCCACACCCGCCGUGCUCUAAUCACUGAGAUAGCUGCGGGAGCUCUCACCUUUGUAAAUUUGUUGCCUAAAUCUGUGCCCUACGUUCACCUGAUUAGUAAAACUUUCUUUAGGGUACCUAUUGGACAUUUUAUUAUAUUCCACAUAAGCCUCCCCUGCAUCCUCUUCAUCUACUUAUUUUACCUCUUCUUCAGGAUGGCACAACUCAGAAACUUCAAGGGUGUGUACUGCUACCUGAUACCAUACCUGGUGUGCUUUAUGUGGUGCGAACUUUCUGUUGUCAUUCUUCGGGAAUCUACUACCAUCGGCCUUAUCCGUGCAUCCAUUGGCUAUUUCCUGUUCCUGUUUGCCCUUCCCAUACUCCUAGUGGGCAUAGCUGUCAUGUGUGUUGUUCAUUUUAUCAAAUGGUUUGUGGCUCUGGAACUGACCAAGAUCGUAGUAACUCUAGUCUUGUUGACUGUUCCAUUGUGUCUUCGCUGGUGGUCAAAAGCCAACUAUUCUGUGGUGGGAAUGGUGAAGUCUCUUACUAAAAGCUCCAUUGUGAAGCUGAUAUUAGUGUGGAUCACUGCCAUUGUAAUGUUUUGUUGGGUUUAUGUCUACCGCUCUGAGGGAAUGAAAGUUUACAAUUCCACCCUGACCUGGCAGCAAUAUAGCUUUUUGUGCGGCCCAAGGGCGUGGAAGGAGACCAACAUGGCAAGGACCCAGCUGUUGUGCAGCCACUUGGAAGGCCACAGAGUGACAUGGACUGGGAGGUUCAAGUAUGUCCGUAUUACUGAUAUUGACAACAGUGCAGAGUCUGCUGUUAACAUGCUCCCACUUUUAAUUGGAGAUUGGAUGAGAUGCCUUUAUGGAGAGGCAUAUCCUUCUUGUGAUCCACAGAAUGUCACAAUUGAAGAGGAAGAACUGUGUCGGCUGAAGUUCCUCUCAAAAUAUGCCUGCCAUAUGAAGAAGUUUGACCGAUAUAAAUUUGAGAUAUCAGUUGGUAUGCCUUUUAAUGGUAAAAAUGGCAAUAGGACGCUUGAAGAAGAGGAUGUCACCAAAGAUAUUGUGCUAAAAGCUAGCAAUGAGUUCAAAACAGUACUGUUAAGCUUGCGGCAAGGCAGUGUGAUAGAAUUCAGCACCAUACUUGAGGGACGCCUGGGUAGCAAGUGGCCGGUCUUUGAACUUAAAGCUAUCAGCUGCUUAAAUUGUAUAGCUAAACUCACCCCAUCCUCCAGACACGUGAAGAUAGAGCAGGACUGGAGACGUGACGCUCACACAGCUAUUAAGUUUGCCUUUGAUUUUUUCUUUUCCCCUUUUCUUUCUGCCGUGUGA